ACAGAUUAGUCAGCAGGCUAAGCCAAAUGUUUUUUAAAUAUUUUGUGUGAAACUUUUUGACUUUUUAUGUGUUUCGACAGCUUUUGUGUUUUAAAUUAAGAAAUAGUAAGAAAUGUGCUAAUUUGAAGUUAAACAAAUUUAAAUUUUAAGGCUUUACUGCAUUCUUCAUCGCGGAAUAAUGCAUUUCUUGAACUGCGGCACUUAGUGAAAUUGUGAAAUGGAAAAAAUUGUUAAUUAGUGCAAGUCAAGAAUCAAAAUUAAUUUAAAAUUCAAGCAACAGAUUUUGUGAUUGUUAUUUUUAAUGUAAUAUUGAAAUGGGUAAUAAAACAAACGCGCUAAGUGACACUGUCGAUAAUGAUGAAAACCCGCAAGACCAAGCGAUAGACAAAGACAUAGGUGGGUCACCGGAAUCGCCUGGCGAGAAAAAGAAGUUGGAUGAUGCCACCAAAUCAGUAAAAAAUGAGUCAGAAGCUUCCAACAGAGAAAUACAGAUAUCAACAGAUUGCAUGUUGUUGCAGGAUUUAAACGUAAAAACCACGCCCAUUGUGCUAAAACGAUUUAUGGAUCACAUGAAAGAUAAGGACUACACAAAUCAAGAACUAUUUUUUAUUUUGGCAUAUAUUGUGGCUCUGGAAUGUGGAUUUGUCACAGAAGAAGAAUAUGAAAGGUGCAAGAACUCAUUACAACAUAAUUCAACUGUAUCGUCAUACCACUCCAAAAACGUGUUAACAAUAUCACGCCUAUCACCAACAUAUUCAUUUGUACCAAACAAAUGCUUCUUUCAGAUGAAUUUGUACAGUAUUUUUGGUGUUGAUACGAAAAGUGGUUGCGGCAGAGCACUUCUUUCAUCUUUCAAUGGAUAUACAACUGGGGAAUUUAUGAUAUUAACAGUCAGUCCUGAUCAUGCCAUCAAAUCAGAAGGGUACAGCAUUUGUUUGUCUGUGGAACGUUACGUUAUGAAUUGUAGCAGAGACAGACCCAUAUUUAAUAGGUUUGCUCGACUUGAAGAGUUUGCAACCACAUUGCGAGAUAAACUGUUCGUACCUAUUCGAAAUGGGCAGAUACAAUUAUUGGAGUUGUGUUGCCAUCCAUCAAUAUUAGGACUGCCUAAUGAGAUCUAUGCUGAUAUAAUUAAACAUUUCUCAGAUCGAGAGUUACGAUAUUUGGCAAAGAGUAACAAACAUUUAGGUAAUAUUGUUAAUGACUACAAGAAGAGAAAACAAAAGAAGAAGAAUGUCUGUAUAUUAACUAAAAAAGAGAGCAGUGAAAGCAGUAAUCUUUAUGCAGAUGAUGAUUAUACGUAGUAUAAAACUAAUAUGCGUACUGUAGGGUAUUUUACACAACUCACUUAGCGAUUCGAAUUAAAAAUUUUAAAACUCUUUACAAAUGUUUCUAUAAUGUGAACUUCUCCAUUUUGAAUAAAAUAGUGUGAUUUAUUUUCUAUGUGAUUAUAAUUAUUUUAUAUUAUAUUUUUUGUAAAUUAUAUACGCUUAUGUAUUAUAAGCUUGCUUUCAAUUAAAUUAGGAAACCUCUUAAAAUUGUUGUAAAAAUACUCAAUGUUAAAAUGACAUAUAAGGAAAGGGUAAUAAAAUUCUCCAUAUAAAUAAAAA